GAGCUUUGCAGCAUCCCAGAGACAGGGCUCUUUUUUUUUUUUUUUUUUAUUUUAUUUUGGAGAAGGGGAGACCUGCCUGUGAAGACGUGGCAGGGCUUUUAACUCAUUUAUGCAGGGAUAACACUCAGCCCGGGGGUGCUGUGGAGGUGCGCUGCUCAGACAUCAAAGAGAGGGGCUUUUUGGGUCGCUUCUUCCAAGCGUGGGGAGCUGAAUCCGCCCGGGACUUUCCCCCCAGCUGCGGGGCUUGGCUGGGGAGGUGAUGCCCUGGACCAAACCCUGCCAUGAGAGGGGCGAGAGCCGAAUCUUGCCCCACGGGAGGGGGAUGCAGGAUCCUUUAGCAUCCCUCCCUCCAUCGGCUCUGUGAGGACAGGGGGGGAGUUCAGAUCUUCCCCGCUUUAAGCAGCCGCUCUGGUUUGGGUUGCAGAUCUGGUAGCACAAGGCAGGGUUUGGAGGGGGAGAAUUAAUUCCAAAAGCACCUUUGCCUGGGUGUGCUCUGUUUUGCUCCGCGUUCUCUGAACGCUUCACUAAAUAACGUUUGUUUUCCUCAGGGAUUAACAACUGUUUGUCUUAGAUAAGUUUUGCAUCAGGCCCAGCUUGUGCGUACAAGCCUGGGAAAAGAUCAUAAAGCCUUCAAAAAAAAAAAAAAAGAAAAAAAAAGCUGGUAUGUAAAAGCAAACACCGGGGGUGAGAGUGGAUUUUCCCAGUGUCUGAAGCUGGCAGGAGGGGCAAAGCGUGUUUGGUGGGAAGCUGGGCUGGGUGUUUUGGCACCCAAGAAGAGAGCUGGGGGCUGAAUUUGGUGCUGAACUCAGGUCCCGAUGCCUGGCAGCACCCCAGCCCUGGGCGAGCGGGGGUGCUCAGGCCCCCGAGGAGCAUCGCCGGCCUCUGGCUGUGGCCAGUUUUGCUAGGGGAAGAAAUACCAAAUGAGAAGACACAAGCUGUUUUUUACUUCCCCUAAUUUUAUUUUUUUCAAGCAAAUAUAAAGGGGCGAGACCCCCCCAGCUCCUCAUCCCUGUUUGUUCCAACCCUGGAAGACGCAAUCCUGGGUUUAAUCUUCCCGUUCCUUCCCAAGCCGGGAGCGACUCGCAGAGCCAGAAAUAGCGAUGGUGGAUGAGAGCCGGGGUGUAAAUCGGGGUGGGGGGGGGCAGCUUUUGCUUCCCCUUCCUGGGGUCCCCAGGCGAUGGCGGGGCCGAGCCCGGCAUGAUUCACCAGGAAGGGGUUUGAUGUCCGUGUUUUACGUCCGUGUUUUACGGAGGAGAAGUGGUUCGGGGGGGGACGACAUGGGUGCUUUCCCAGGGCACCACCUCACCGGUCCCCAUCCCUCUGCUUGGCUGUCAAACGGACGCAGUUUUGUUUGCUUUGUAUCCCGUCCCGUUGCUCGUAGCAUGGUUUAAUUGCCCUUAAUUCCCUUUUAAUUGCCCUUCCUGCCAUUUUUAAUUAAUUGCCCUUCCUGCCCUUUUUAAUUUUGGGAGCCGGUGAUGAGGAAGGGAAGAGCCUGGCUCUCGCGGGACCAGCUUUGGUCCCGUUCCUCCUCUUUCUUGAUAUGUUUUGCCCCAAAAGCUGCCGCUCUUGACUCAUUCUUGAUAUGGCCCUGUCAGGUGCCGGGUGCCGGGUUCAUCAACGGUGCUUCGUUAGGCAGGGUGGGGUGUUGAGAUGGGUGUCCCCCCGAACAAGACGUGGCUGAGCCGGAGCUGGGAGCAGCUCGGUUACGUGGUAGCAAAGCCAAGUCUAACUGAGCCGGGCUUAGAGGAGGAUUCAUCCUCAGGGAGCAAAGUCUCCCGUGUACUCCAAAACUUCUCCCACCCGGAGCGAGAGGUUUCGGAGAAAGAAAAAAGUCGCCCUGCUUCCCCAGCCGGCAUUGGUGCGUGCGUUAAGCUUGCGGCGUCCCCCUUUCCCCGGGCCGGGAUGGGUGAAUCGAAGGUGUUGGAGGUUCCCCAAGUGACCGGCGGCAGCCGCGAUGAGAGCUCCGGCCCUCGCCUGAUGCCUCUCCUGCUGAUAAAAAUGAUCAACAAGUCUCGAGGGAAGAUACUCGGGGUGCUGGCGCUGUUUCUGGUGAUGGUUUGGUACUCGAUCUACCGGGAAGACAGGUACAUACAGCUCUUUUAUUUCCCUGUGCAAGAAAACAAGACGAUGUGUCCCCUCGGGGAGGUGGAAAAGAAAGCGGCGCAGCUCAUCGGGAACUACACGAGGGACCACCCGCUCUUCUUGCAGCUGAAGGACUAUUUUUGGGUGAAGACGCCGUCGCUCUACGAGCUGCCCUAUGGCACGAAAGGAAGCGAAGACGUCCUCCUGCGUUUGCUGUCCAUCACCCACUACUCCCUGCCUGAGAGCAUCCAGAGCCUGAAGUGCCGGAGGUGCGCGGUGGUGGGCAACGGCCACCGGCUCCGCAACAGCUCCAUGGGGGAGACCAUCAACACGUACGACGUUGUGAUCAGGUUGAACAAUGCACCGGUCCAUGGUUACGAGCAGGAUGUGGGCUCCAAGACCACCAUGCGCCUCUUCUAUCCCGAGUCAGCCCACUUCAACCCCAGGACGGAGAACAACCCCGACACGUUGCUGGUGCUGGUGCCCUUCAAACCCAUGGACUUCCAGUGGAUGGAGGCCAUCCUCAACGACAAGAAGAGGGUGCGGAAAGGGUUUUGGAAACAGCCCCCGUUGAUCUGGGAUGCCAACCCCGAGCGAGUGCGCAUCCUCAACCCUUACUACAUGGAAGUAACUGCUGCUAAACUGCUCAACCUCCCCAUGAAGCAACCACGGAAGGUCAAACAGAAACCCACCACGGGGUUGUUGGCCAUCACCUUGGCGCUGCACUUCUGUGACCUGGUGCACAUCGCGGGCUUCGGCUACCCCGAUUCGGCCAACAAGAAGCAGACCAUUCACUACUAUGAGCAGAUCACGCUCAAAUCCAUGGCGGCGUCGGAGCACAACGUCUCGCACGAGGCCGUGGCCAUCAAGCGGAUGCUGGAGCUGGGACUGGUCAAGAACCUCACCUACUUCUGAGGGCACAGGGGCUGCGCAGGGACAGCGUCCCCCCCCACGUGGAGGGGGGAGCACGGCGCCGGCACGGCCGGAGCAGAGCGAGGGCAGAGCAUCCUCCUCGUCCUGGGACUCAUGGAGCGAGCAGGGAUGGGGCUUGGGGGGUCCGUGCUGGACCGCGGGUCCCCCCCCAGGGAGGGCGGUGGCUCUUGGGGGGCGCAGGGAGCCCCGUGGGGCCGUGGUGUCAUGGCCGGCGCCUUUUCCUACCGACACACUGAAGCUACCGAGGACCCGGAGGGGAUUUUUGGGGUGGGGGUCCUCCCUCCCAGCGGGCCUGGGGGGCAAAGGGGGGGCAGGAGCCCUUGCCCUGGGCUUUCUCUUUCCCUUAAUUCCUUUUGUUUGGACGAGGUCCCUGCUGAGGGGCUGAUUUUGGGGGUCCAGGAGCCCCCCCCAGGGAGCAGGAGCCUUUGGGGGCCCACGUUGCCUCCCUGCUGCCCUGUUCCCCCCACCCCAGUAUUUAAUUCCUCCCUUUUUUUUAAAGUUUUCUUUUUACUGGGCAGCCCCCUCCCAUGCCUUAGCGCUGGCGCGGGAGCUUGCCCCCACAGCCCCCCCCCCCCCCCAGCGGGGUCACCCCAGGGUGCCUGGCCUUGGGGUCUGCUGGGGCCCUUCGGAGGGGGGGCAUUUAAUUUAAUUAAUUUAAAAGCUUAUUUAUCGUGGAGCCUCCCCUGGGGCGUGUGUUGGGGA